AUGGCGGCUGUUGGCUGUGAUUAUGAGAUAAAUUCCAAUGCAACUGAAGACCAGUGUGGAGUUUGCCUGGGAGAUGGCUCUGCUUGUCAUACCGUGAAGAUGAUGUUUAAUCAAAGUGAAGGAUUUGGAUACGUUGAUAUUGGGCUAAUACCAAAAGGUGCGAGGGGAAUCAAAGUCGUGGAAGUUGCAGAAGCAGGGAAUUUCCUUGCUGUGCGAAGCAAAGACCCAGAAAAAUAUUACCUGAAUGGAGGCUUUAUCAUCCAGUGGAAUGGUGAAUACAAAGUGGCAGGCACGAUAUUUCAGUAUGACAGAACAGGGGAUCUAGAAAAUCUGACUGCUCCAGGACCCACCAAUGAAUCAAUAUGGAUUCAGCUGCUUUUUCAAGAAACUAACCCUGGAAUCAAGUAUGAAUAUACUGUACGUAAAGAAGAAAGUUAUGAGAAUGAGAUUGGAGAGCCACAGUAUUUUUGGCAGUAUGGAGACUGGACAGCCUGCAGUGUAACCUGUGGAAGAGGGGUGCGGCACCAGAUUGCCCACUGCAUGCGGAAGGGAAGCGGAGCAAUCAAAAACUCCUUCUGCGACCCAGCAACGCAGCCGAAUGGGCGACAAAAGAAAUGCUACGAAAAGGACUGUCCGCCCAGAUGGUGGGCAGGAGAAUGGCAGAAAUGUUCGACCACAUGUGGCCCAACAGGCCAGAAGAAGCGAACUGUUCUUUGCAUCCAGACGGUGGGAUCUGAUGAGCAGGCACUGGCUGUCACAGAGUGCCAGCACCUGCUUAAACCAAAGACCCAUCUGUCAUGCAACAGAGAUGUCUUGUGCCCAUCAGACUGGACAGUGAGCAACUGGACUGAG